CAAUACAACAUUUACAAUAUCGCGUAUGCCGGGGUGUUUAUCGAAAGACGUUUUUAUUUAAAAAAAAUUUUAUCAUCACAACAGUAAGAUGUCAUCACUAAGUUCUUGUGACAAAGUGUUUUUAAGUUAUAUAUCCAACUGCUGGGGCAUAUUUGUGGAUGGCAAUGGAUGUAAUCAUAGACUGUAGAGAAGAUAUUCUUCAAAAUAGGAAAACGGCAAAUAUUACAAGCCUAGGAUGGAAAAUAUUUAAAUCUUUUCCGGUGUGAGUAUGUGUAUGUGUAUAUGCAUUAAUAGUUGGUGGAUUUUAGUUUUUAAUUCUGUUUCAAGCCCUUAAUGUUGAAGAAACGUUAUUCUCCUUCUUCCAGUGGCAUUAACGAACGUUGGCAAUACAUUAUUGUAUAACUAACAUUAGUAAUUAAUGUUAAUUAAUUUUAAUGUUUGAAUAAACAUUAGGUGUAGCGUAUUAAACAAAUUUGCCCUUUUGUGUUAGUUUAAAUAAUCCUGACAUUUUUUUCUUAAUAUUUUACUAAUUACCAUUUUUUUAAAGGAAAAAAUCUGAUUAAAAUAAAAAUUGGUAUUAAUUCCUGAGAAACUAAAUAAAUUAUAAAUACCUAAAUACAGUAAAACCUGGCCAAGACAGAAAUCUCACUUAACAGGAAACGGACUGGUAAUCAUAUCAAAAUUGACUCAAAACUCCCGAUAAGACGGAAAAUAACUUAGAUUACGGCUAGUUACGACUGGUGAACUUUAAUGGUUACUUUCGUAUCGUCGAUACCCGUAAAAUUACAUUUAAAACCAUGUAAUAAAAUUCAGAUAGGUAUACGAUCACAGAAGAGAAAUAUUCUAUUAUUUUUAGACAACGCGAUAUGCCAUCCCAAAAUGUUCAACGUAAAAAUGCACAUGUUAUUUAUCCCCUAAUAUUACGUCAGGUUGUCAACCUAUGGGACCAAGGAGUAAUUUACACCUUAAGUCGUACUACCGUAAAUUCAUGCUGCCAUCAUUUGUUUAUAAAAUGGUUCAAUUCAUUCAGUUCUAUUCAGUUCAAUUACUGUCCGUUAAACGGUUUUCGUAAAUCUGGAUUCCUGAUUGAUGGGUCUGACGUGAAUUCUGAUGAAAAUGUCCUGACUGAAAUUCAAGAUAUUUUUGUUGUUAUUGAUGUUGAACAUUUUAUUCAUUUUGAUGACCAGCUUGAGACACAGCAAACUCAUGUUUCGGCCAUAUCCAUUGUUGAGGAUCAAGUUGAAGACGUCAGAGGAAUUUGACGAACACUAUGAAGAACCUGAAAUUCUCAUAUAAUGAGAUGAAAUGAACGGCCCUCGAAGCCUUUUUUUUUUUGGCCCUCCUCCAUAGAAGACUUAUACUAAAA